AUGGCCGCCUGGGUGCGCGCUGCCGGCGGCUGGGUUCUCGGGGCGCUCUCCGAGCGCUGGACCGGGGCUGGCCGCAGCGGGGUCGCCGAGGUCUCCUGCCGCUGCGUGUUCGAGGGCUCGGACACGACCGACGGCCUGGUGGCCAUCCUCCGGGAGCAGCUGGCACGCUGCGGCCCGGAGCACCUGCAGGGGGUCGCGUGCCAGCCCUGCCCUCCGUGCCCGCUUCCGCCUGGGCACUACACGGGGCUCGACCUCUGCGGCGCGGCCGUGGUGGGCGUGGCCCUUGGCGCUGGGCUGGCGACAGCGGCCUGGCUGGCGGCUGGAGCGCCGGGUCGGCCGGCGGACAUGCAGGGCUACCUCGAGGAGGCCAGGGCCCUUGGCACGAUCCUCGGCUUCGACCUCGCGGGCGUCGUGGGCCUCCCGGGCGACAAGUGGUACGUGAGCGACCCCACCUCGUCGCACUUCGGCGAGGAGGUGCCGCCCCAGGUGCUCGCCAACGAGGAGGUCCUGGUGCGGCGCGGGGACGUCGGGCUCGUGCGGCUCGACGACGUCUGGAUCCACGCGAUCAAGGUGAGCGAGGGGCAGAACUUCGACGCGUACCUCGCGAGAGCUCGCGGGGGAGCUGGCCGGGGCCCGCGUGUCGUCGGCGACGAGAGGGACCAGGACGGAGGCAGGUACAUCGACUUUCGCGACUCGGUCCGCCGCAUGAAGGAGACGACGAUCCCGGGCUGGCCUCUGCAGGGCCGCCGUGCCACGAGGGAGGCUGUGCUCUCCCUUCGCGACGGAGGUCAGGGCAACUGGGAGGAGCACCACGCCACCUGGCUCCGACGCAGCGGAGUGGCCGAGCGUGGCAACGUGGCCCGCGAGCACCACAUGAUCUGCGUGUCUCUUCGGAUGAUGCAGCAGUUCGAUCAGCUGGACCUGUUCAACAUCGCGGGCGCCGAGUACCUCGUCAGGCGGCUCAAGCAGCUGGAGUCGGCCACCCGCAAGAACCCUCGGGCUCCCGAUUUCGAGGGGCUCGACCUCAUCCUCGACGCGGGGGUCGACGACACGGGUGGCAUGGUGCUGCCAGAGUUCGAUGGAUGGGUUGGCGAUCAGGCGCGCGCCCGCGCCCAGACUAUGAAGGCGAAUCGGCAGUGGCAGGAGGAGAGGACGGCCGCGCAGCCCAAGGCGCCCCCGAAGGGGCCCAAGGGCGGCGGGGCCGACGCUGGUGGCGCUGCCGAUUCAGGGACUUCGGGUUCGGCGACCUCGUCCUCGCGCGGCCGGCAGCUCGGCCGCUGCGUGGCGGAGUACGGCCCUCGCCCGGCAGAUCUCCACCCUCGCGGAGCCCUUCAGGAGCUCCUCAAGUCCGACUCGCUUUACGGAGGCGCGCCGUCCAAGGUCGUCCCGUACGAGGAGUCCAAGCUCAAGUUCUGGCAGUCCUCGGUCACGCCUCGAGACGUGGAGGAGGUCUGCCCCAAGUUCGUCGUCGACGCCUUCCGCGACCCCGACGCCUACAUCCGCAAGCCGGACCGCGUGGUGGAGCAGGACCUCGAGCUCCUGCCGCCGGUCAAGCCGUACUGGGACGCGCGGCUUGCCAGCGACGCCCGCCUUCGCCGGGACUUCCUCCUCAGGCUCGCGGGGCGGGGGCUGGUGGGCUUCCGGAGGCGGAUCAGGUCACGCGUGGGGUGUUUCUUCGUCGAGAAGAAGGGCGGCUGGAUCCGCCUGGUCGUCGACGCUCGCGACGCCAACCGCACCCACUGGGCGCCCCCGCAUGCCGCCCUCGGGACCCCGGCUGCCCUCAGCGAGCAGGACUGGUCCGAUGCUGCGCUCGCGGACGCCGGAUGGGUUAGUGCUGACGGGUCGCCUGCUCAGAUCUUCGGGUCGUCCCUCGACCUCCAGGACUCGUUCUACCAGUUCUUCUCGGAGCGCGUCGCGGAGGAUUUCGGGAUGGACUUUCCUGAGCGGGCGUCCUACUACCAGGUCUCCCACAUCUGGACGCCCGACGGCCUGUCCCCUGUCGACCCCGACGAGCUCGUGUUCCCGGUCUUCCGCGGGGUGCCGAUGGGGUGGUCAUGGGCACUCUGGGCCGUGCACUCGUCCGUCACGUCCUGGGUCUCGGACACGCUGCCGGGGGGUGCCCGACGCCUGCUGCUUGACAAGCAGCCGGCUCCCGUCGCGGCACCCUUCCGCCCCACGGGGUCGGUCUACGUGGACAACGUCUCGUUCCUGGGCCUCUCGAGCGACGACGUCGGGCACGCGCUGCAGGCCGCGAAGGACAAGCUCGACUCGCUCGGCAUCGCGUGCCACGAGGUCGAGGGCCCGGCCACGCACUUCACCACCGUCGGCGUCGAGUACGACGGGAGGCGGAGGCGUCUGCGGCAUUCAGAUCACCGAGCCUGGCGCCUCUAUUUGGCCUGUCAGGAGCUCGAGCGCCCUGGGGUUCCGCGCGCGGCCUGGCAGAUCCGUGUGUUCCUCGGGCACUGUGUGCAGCACUGCCUGCUGCUGCGGCCGGCCCUCUCGAUCUUCCGCCUGCUCUACCGCUUCGUGGGCGCGCAGGGUCAGGGGCCUCCAGUCGCGCUGUCUGCUGGGGCCCGCCGGGAGAUCCAGCUCUUCAGGGGCCUCAUCUUCCAGGCCGUCGUCUUCCUGGACCGGCCGAUGUCCUCCCUGGUUUUGUGCUCCGACUCGUCCGAGGCAGGCUACGCCCUCCAUCGCCGACGCGCUGACGUUCGACUCCUUCGGCAGCUGGCUGCUACCCGGGAGAGGUGGAGGUUCGUCCCCGACGAGAAGCGCCCCGACGCGGCGCUCGACGACACCUUCUCCCCGGGCUGGGUGCCUGGCGCUGGAGGGGUGCUGGGAGAGCCGCCGGGCGCUACAGGCGUGGCCGUCUGGGCCCCGCCGCCGACGCGCUCGAGGGAGGGCGCCCGAGGCGUGCUCAAAGGCCGGCUCAGACCCACUGUGCGGCCUGCUGGCGUCUCCGUGCCCGACAGCCUCGUCGAUCCCAGGGACUGGUCUCUCAUCGUCGAGGGCGCCUGGCGCCGCGCGGCCCCCAUCCACCUGCUGGAGGGCCGCAUCGCCCUGGGCGGCCUGCGACACGCCGCCUGGCAGGUCGACUGCCACGGCUCCCGGGUGCUCAGCCUGGGCGACAACAUGUCGGAGCUCCUCUCCGUCGAGAAGGGGCGAGCCGUGGACCACGGCCUCGCCUGUCUGUGCCGGCGGGCCGCCGCCUACCAGAUCGCCUGCGGGAUCUCCUGGCGGCGCCGGCACCUCGACGCGGACCGCGACCUCAGUGACGCGGGGUCGAGGAAGGCGCUGCAGGGCGUCUACCGCCCAGGACAGCGGCGGGUUGGCGGCGGGUCGGAGAGGCCCGCCCUGCCCGCUGGGUGCCCGCAGUCGGCGCCCCCGGCGCCGGCCCCGCCGGCGCCCUCGGCGACCGCCAGCUGGCCAGUCGCCGAGGAGCUCGGUCUGGCUGUCGCGGCUCCGAUCGACAUCAAGUUCGGGGGCUGGGGCGACCUGCUUCGGCCCGGCAUCGAGACCGUCGUUCGCCAGUGGAUCGUCUCUCGCAAGGUCUGGUUCGUGCACUUCGGGACUCCGUGCACUCCGUGGUGGUCCCUCGAGAACCCCCGGGGAUCCCGGCUCUUCUCUUGGGAGCCUCUCCAGAAGUUCCUGUCCGAGCAUAGCAAGGUCUCCGUGGUGUAUGACUGCUGUCGGUUUGGAGCCCCGUACCAGAAGCCCACCAGGAUUGAGUCUGACCUCCCCGAGCUCGGUACCCUUGAAGGCGUUGUCUUGGAGGUCAUGCCCACGAGCAUCUUCAGGGGAAGGUCAAGGUCCGUGAUCGCCAGGGUCGGCUCAAGCAGUUCUGGCGCACGACCCUGGCUGGCGCCUACCCUCCUGGUGUCUGCCACAGCGCCGCUCGGGCCGUGGCGCGCGCGGCGCCCGCGGGAGCCUGGCGACAAGAUGGGGAUCCACUGCUGCCCGGUGCCUGCUGACUCCUCGCCGGGCUUCCUGCGGCGCUCGCAGGUGCGGCCGGCCACUCAGGCCCGCUACCUCGCCAGCGUCGUCGUGUUCGCCACGGCCAUGGGCGUUGUCGCCGACCGCUGGGUGAGCAAAGACCUCCCCCUGGUGGACACGCUCCUCGUGGAGUACUUCGAGCAGCUCUACGUCGACGGCGGCGGCAAGAGCACGGCCCGCUACACCUUGGCCGCCUUGGCCUACCGAUUCAGCGUGUCGCUUCGUGCCCCGGACGUCUUCCCAAAGGCGAAGGGCGCCCUCUCCGGCUGGGGCAAGCUCGAGCCGGACGUCACCUCGGAGCCGCUCUGCUGGGCGGCAGCGUGCUUGAUGGCCCUGUACCUGGCCGGCCUCAAUACGGAGAUUGCCCUGCAGGCCGCCCGCGGGCUGGUGGUGCAGUUUGACACGUACUUGCGCCCUGGCGAGCUGCUGGACCUUCGCGUGCCCUGCUGCAUCCUGCCGCAGCCGAGUGCCGGCUCAGGCUACAACAAGAUGGGGCUCGUCGUCGGUGCCUCCGCGCUGGUCAUGGGCGACGACGUGCACACUCGCGUGACCAAGACUGGCCUCCAGGACGACACCGUGCUCAUCGAUGGCCAGUCUCGUGCUGGCGUGGCCGGCGCCCUCAUGGCCCUCGUCAAGAGCGCCAACCAAGCCCGGCAGGGGCGCCUCAUGUUCCUCCACUCGUACGCUUCGUACAACCGCUUGCUCAAGAAGGCCGCCGUCGCCGUCGGCCCCCCGACCAAGGUGACGGCGCACCUCCCUCGGCACGGCGGUCCGUCGGAGAACUACCUGAGGGGCGCCCGCUCGCUGGCCGACAUUCAGUCUCGCGGCAGGUGGUCGAGCUUCCGUUCUGUACAGCGCUAUCAAAAGAGCGGCCGUGCACUUGCUUCUUUCAGACGCCUCUCGGCCGCAGUGAAAGCAGAGGCUAAGCGUGCAGAGGCCAUGCAGUUAUCCUUCCUCUCGUGA